AAUGCUGCUCAUUGUUCAUUUGUUCUGGAUAAGAUUUGCAUUUCAUUUUCAGAAAUAUCUUAGAAAAGACUCCAGGUAUCACGAGCAGGAUUCUUCAAGACAAAACCCUACUUUAUUUGGAAUCCAUGAAAACCCAGAGACUGAAUCUCGUUUUCCUUAAAUGGAUAAACAACAAGGCAAUUAGGGCAAAGAUUAUCCACUCAACCAAACCAUGGAGGAGAAUACCAAACCAUGGAAGAGAAUUCAUCAGAACUGAAAGAAGUAAACUUUGGAUUUAUUAAAAGCCAUGAAGAACAAGUUAAACCCAGGAAAAUGAAACAGGAAAAUUACAAUAAUAACAAAGCAACCGCUUACAAAUUCAUCGGCGGCCCCAACAAAUCCUUCUUUUUUGUUCGAUCUGUACAAACUACAAAACACAAAAUUUCAAUUUUUUUUUUUGUUGGGUUUCUUGGUUUCUUCUUCUUCCUUGUUCACAGUUUGGUUCACAUCAACUAUUUACAGAAAAUGAACCAGAAUUACAAAGGAAAUGAAACCUGGCAAAUAUAUCCACAGCAAAAUGAAGUCAGAAGAAUCAAAGACCGCCGCAUCAGCCAAAAAAUGAAUCCCACUGCAAAACACACCAACUCCAACUUAGGUCUCGCCCUCACUCACCAGCUCCGAAACCCAUUCCACAUCAGGACCCGAAAUCCCCGUCGGGUCAACCCGGCCCAUCGAGUUCUCCUUACUCAGCUUGGCGUACAUUCUCGCCCUCAGGUCCCGCCCGGACUCCACCCUCUCCAUCGCCGGCUCUUCCACCAGCGAGUGCUCCCACAGAUCAAAAGGGCCGGGUCCGCACCGACCCGGAGUGCGGGUCGGAGUGGAAGGGAGACUAAAGAAAUCGGGUCGGAUCAGAGGUCCGCGGGGAGAUCCGACCCACGAAGGCGGCGGGGUGCUGCUCAUUUGCAUCUUGGCCAGCUUGAAGUUGCGCAUGGACGCCACGAGUUCAUUCACAGUGCUGAGGCGGAGUUGCGGGCUGUUCGGCGACAUUGGCGGCGAGUCCGACGGCGGAGAAAUCGGAGGCGACGUGGCCGAAUCGAAAAAACCCGGUCCAUGAGCCCUGGGGCUGUGACCUGCCAGCACUCAAAAACACCAUGAGCAAACUCGC